UAUUGGAAGUAAACUAACAUACAAAUUAUAAAAUAAUUUCAAUUUAAUAAAGUAAAUUUCAAAAAAUGAAAGGACAUUUGUUUCUGAUGUCAAGUAAAAUUAUUUUUAUUAUUAUUUUACAUUCCGCUAAUCCAAGCAGCGGCAACGAAGAUGAUAGUAGUUUUCAAUGUGCUAGAUAUGGAGAAAAUUGUGAUCCUUAUCAACAUUUUUCAUGCUGUGACAAAAGUGACAUUUGCAAACGGACAUCAAGUAAUUUUAUUUGCAAAAAAAAAGCGGAAUUAGGAGACUAUUGUAUAAAUAGCAAUGAUUGUAUUCAUAUACCUCAUGCUGGAUGUUUAUUGGAUGAGCACAAAUGUGUGUGUUAUGAAAAUUACAAUAUAACAAGAGAAGGUAUCUGCGCUCCAACACAUGGUGGAGUGUGUUCGGACAAGGAAAAGUGCGCACAACAAAAUCUCGAAUGUAUUAACGAAAUAUGUCAAUGCAAACCUUAUCAUGUGUUUCGAGAUACUGAAUGUGUAACAAGAGAGUUAGGUGAGUCAUGCGAUGACCAUUCAGACUGUUACGGAGUUGAAUUUGCAAUAUGUUCAGAAGACGGAAAAUGUAUUUGUCAUGAUAAUUAUAUUCCCAAGGAUGGAUCAAUGUGCGCAUCAAUUUUAGGUCGAUUUUGUUAUACAAAUGAACAAUGUGGUGUGCACCAUUCAAUCUGUAUUGAAAAUAAAUGUGAAUGUGCUUUUGGUUACAUUGCCGAUUCUAAUAUGCGUUGUGUUCGAAGAUCAUUAGGAAAAAUUUGUGAAUUAAAUUCAGACUGUGACCAUUUAAAAAAUUCAAGAUGUUCUCUUGAAAACGAAUGCGUGUGUAACGAUAAUAACUUCGCAAACAAUCAAAUGGGAUGCGAACCAGUUGCUGAUGGAUAUUGUAACAGUAAUAAGCAAUGCCAAUUUCCUGGAUUUCAUUGUGUCGAUAAUAAAUGUCAAUGUAAACCUAAUUUUUCACUCCAAUCUGUUGACAAUUGUGUUGAAAAGUGUAGUGAACCAUGGCACACAGUUUGCUCAAAGGAUAAAAAAUGUGUUUGCAAAUCAAAUAAUAUUGCGAUAAAUAGAUCAACAUGUUUACCUAUUUUGGAUGGGUAUUGUUGGAAAGAUGAUCAAUGUCGGGCUGCAAAUUCUGUUUGUUUUGAUUUUCGGUGUCGUUGCAAACCUUACUACACUGCUGUCUCCAAAAAUACAUGUUUACCUCAAUAA